AUGUUCAAGCUAAUCGUUUCAGUUUUGUUAUUGAAGUAUUGUGAACUGUACGCCGAAUCUAUCGGUAGUCCUCCGCCAUUCGUCUGCACCGAUGGAUCAAACAUUAAUUUGACGAAAGUUUGCGACGGAGUUGUGGACUGUCCCGAUUCGUCCGACGAAAUCCAGAAAUUGUGCUAUCAUGUGAUAUGUCCAUCCUCUUCAUAUCGAUGUAAUUACGGCGCUUGUAUUCCAAGAUCAUCUAGAUGCGAUGGUCGGCAAGAUUGUAUCGACGGAAGCGACGAACUCCACUGCGAUAUACUGCCGCAAUGCUCAGACCGAGAGUAUCGUUGCCUAGGAUCUCUCGAAUGUAUUCAGAUUUCGAAAACUUGCAACGGUUACUUGGAUUGUGCUGACGGCACCGAUGAGAGCGAAACUUUGUGCAGGGACUUUCCAUGUCCAGCACAUUCCUAUCAGUGCAGAUAUGGCGGCUGCGUACACCGGGAAGUCAUGUGCGACGGGGUGAAUGAUUGUGUCGAUGGAAGCGACGAAGAGGCUUCGGAAUGUGCCGCUAUGAAUUGCCAGGGUGAUGAAUGCCUCCAGUAUAACUGCAGAUCAGAUGAAUUCUCGUGCCUAAGUGAGCGGCAAUGUAUCCCCAUCUCCAGACUUUGCGAUGGAACUCGCCAAUGCCGCGAUGGGACAGAUGAGGCUUUGGACACCUGUUCAAAUAAAAAUUGUUCUAGCGGAUAUUUCCGAUGUGCAUAUGGGGGUUGCAUCCCGGCGUCGUUGAAGUGCAAUUUAGAGCCAAAUUGUCAAGAUUUUAGUGAUGAAGAAGAGUCGAUGUGCGGAGUCCCUAUUCCCCAGGGUGCUUGCCGCCUACCCAUGCCCAGACCAGGAGUUCACGUGUCGGUUUCCAACUGCCCCCUUUGUCGACCGGGGCAAAUAGUGCCUGAACUUACCGGUCUGAAUUUCUCUUGCGCUGCUGGAGGUUCCCUAGAAGGACCCACCACUGCUUUUUGUCAGAAUAAUCAGUGGGUUCCUCAAAUACCAACUUGCAUUUCUGAGAGUCAGGAUAUCACGUGCCCUCCGUUGAAUUCACCUGGAACGAGAAAACGGUGCGAAGUCUUAUGGGGACCCAGACAGGGAUGGAUAUCUUGCAAUGAUUCCAUUCCAGUCGGCACCAAAGUCAUUUUAGAGUGCCCAGAAUUUUAUGAGAGGGAGUCGGGUGCUUUACACAUUACUUGUCUCCAUGAUGGAACUUGGAGUCAACUUCCUCUGCGGUGUAGACCCGUGUGUGGUGUGCGAGAAACUUCAGCCAUAGCACUGAUCGUAAAAGGUUGGGAAAGUUCUCCAGAAGAGCCAUUACCAUGGCAUGCGACUCUAUUCUCCCACGAAAAUGGUCACUGGACAUUUUUCUGCGGGGGUAGUUUAAUUGGUGAACGAGUUGUCCUCACAGCUGGCCAUUGUGUAUGGAAAACCGAUCCAAAGACCAUUCGAGUGGUCCUCGCUGGCUUCUCCAGUAACUUCACUCUCGACGAAAGCGAUGAAGAUACUCAAAUCUUUGACGUUUCACGAAUCGAAGUACAAAGAGCAUAUCACGAUCACGAAGGAAACUACGGAUCAGAUUUGGCUAUUAUCGUUUUGAAUAAACCUGCGCUCAUCAAUUCUCGGGUUAAUCCCGUGUGUUUGAACUGGUCUCCGGAAUCUGACGUAUCUUUCAGAGGUGGAGAAAUGGGUUUGGUAGCAGGCAUGGGUAUCACAGAAAAUAGUACAAUUAGUCAAAGACUUCGAGUCACUAGUGAGAAAAUAAUUCCCGAGGAAGAGUGCAGAGACAGUCAAAAAAGAGAUUUUCGAAAAUACUUGACGUAUACGACGUUCUGUGCUGGAUGGAAUAAUGGCACUUCAGUGUGUAAUGGAGACAGUGGUGGUGGACUAGUACUCCAGAGAAAAAACUCCACCAUUUGGGAUCUCCAUGGUAUUGUUUCCAUCAGUCCUAGAAAAAUAGGGAGUUUCACCUGUGACCCUCAGUACUAUACAGUUUUCACAAAAGUGGCGAUUUAUGGCAAUUGGAUCGAAGGAAUUCUCGAGACCAUUCCGGUUGUUGGACCUCCCGAUCUGGACCAAUUACCAAAUGAGGAUAUACUUGUAUAACAUAAAAAUGUAACUUUUAAGUCUCUGAAAGAAAGAGCAGUUUUACUUGUCCUGGCAAAAUUUUUAUUGUGUAAACGUACAAUAUCGCAGAAACAUAAAAAUGAUUGAAUAUCCA